AGUCUUCCGGUCAGUCACUCAGUCCCAGUCAGUCCUGCUGCUUAACGCGAUUCCCCAUUCCUGACUCCCUCAUCCCGACUCCGCCAGCCGCCAGUCCACCAUGAUUCCAGCACGAUGUUGCCUCAGAUUCCUCCCUCCACCGCCAUUCACCCACGCUGCCCAGCCCGACGCCGCCGCAGUCUGCUUCCCGCCCCCCGAAACCAGUGAGGACCGCAUUAGUCAGCUCCCACCGGAUGUCCAGCGCACAAUCGUCUCCAAGCUACCAGUUAAAGACGGAGUGGCUACCGCCGUGCUUUCCUCUAGGUGGCGCUGGAUCUGGUCCUCGAUCCCGCUCGUCCUGGACGAUGCCCAGCUCCGGCCCGCCGGAGCGUACGAGCUCGACGACGACGAGGACGAGGAUGAGGACACGGAAGCUGCCGAAUACCUAUCGAGAGCCGUGGUCGGGGAUAAGGUCUCGGAUAUCCUCCGGAGCCACCCGGGCCCCUUCCGGUCGGUUCGCCUCACCUCGUCUCCGGCGAGUUCUCUCAGGGACUGGCUCCUGACCAUGGCCGAAAAGGGCGUGGAGGAGCUCGUCGUCCUCAACUGCGAGUGGCCGACAGCCUUGAUGGUCCUCUCGGUCGAGCUUCUCCGGUGCGAAUCCCUGAAGCGCCUGCACCUCGCGCUCUGCCAGAUGCCGCGCCUGGCCGUGCCCGGCUGGCCGGGGCAACGGCGCGCUGUCCGUUUUCCCAACCUGCAGCAGCUCGUCCUGUGCCACGCCUUCGUCCCAAUAUCUGACAUCGGCGGCUUCCUGGCCGGCUGCCCCGCUCUGGAGGUGCUCGCUUUCGUGGAAAGCUGUGGGGUGCCGCAGUACAUCGACGCCUUCUGCCCCAUGCUCAAAUGCUUGCUGUUCUGGCAGUUCAAGCCGGUGAAGCUCACCGUGGACGCGCCGCGCCUUGAGCGUGUCAUUCUGUGGCGAACCAACCAGUUCUUCAUCCCUCCACGGACGAGGGUAAUAAUACGACGAGCCCCCAACCUUAGGAUGAUUGGUUACCUUGAACCCAAGCUCCAUGUCCUCGAGAGCGGGGACACAGUCAUCAAGGAGGGGACAAGGCCCAAUCCGGACGCCAUGCUUCCUAGCGUUGAGAUCCUGGCAGUAAAGAUACGGUUUGGCGUACGGGAGGAUGAAAGGACGCUCAUGUCUUACCUCAGAGUUUUUCCUAACAUUAGAACCUUGCACAUUCAGUCGGCUCCAGGUCCAUUACAUCUAGAAGAUGAGGAUGCUGGUGGCGCUUUCUGGAUCGAUGGCAUUUUUAGCUCGAUCAAAUGCAUUUCCAAAAUUAAGAAAUUCUCAUUUUACGACUUCUACGACAUGGGCAACGACAGCGAGCUCUUGUUCAUUAAGAGCAUUGCACAGGCAUGUAGCUCGCUGGAGCACAUGCUUAUUGCCAUCAGUGCAAGUAUUAUGGAACCGCCCAGUUGGUUGAAGUCCAGGUUAAUGGACGCUAUGUCUGAGGUUGAAUGGGCUAGUGAAGCAAGUAUGUUGGAUAUCGUCACUGGUAAUCACAAGGAGUGGGAGUACGGGACAGCAUCUGAUCAGUCGCUUAGUGAUCCUUUUGAGUACAUUUGAAGUCCCUAGCUCUACUUCUUAAUGCAUGAUCCUUGCAUUGCAAGUGAUAAUAAUGUACCAUUCUCUACUGGAUUUCUGACAUGCAAUAUGGAUCUAUUAUAGUGUUUGUUUCUUAGUCCUUGUCGUAGCUUCUCCCAAAAACUGUGGUUGGCUAGAAAAAUAUUUGUAAGGAAAAAAAUGGGGUUUAGGAAUCAAUGGUAUCAAGAAAAUGAACAUUAGUAGCUUAAUAUUGGAAAUAGUUAGUGUGGUGGAAGAUUGAACAUGUGCAUUGUCUUUGGUAGUACAUUGUCCAGACUAAGGUCUCUUUGUGUGUAAAACAUUUUUACAGUUUCUAUCCAAUACCAUGUUUUGCGCCA